AUGGCUGACGCUGGACGCGGACGUGGUGGAUUCGGGCGUGGUCGUGGUGACCGUGGACGGGGCCGUCGGGGCCCUCGUCGUGGAGGCCGUAGGGACGAGGAGAAGGAGUGGGUCCCCGUCACGAAGCUCGGUCGUCUUGUGAAGGACGGCAAGAUCAAGUCCAUGGAGGAGAUCUACCUCUUCUCGCUCCCCGUCAAGGAGUACCAGAUCGUCGACUACUUCCUCCCCAAGCUCAAGGAUGAGGUCAUGAAGAUCAUGCCUGUGCAGAAGCAGACUCGUGCCGGUCAGCGCACGCGUUUCAAGGCUUUCGUUGCGAUCGGUGACUUCGAGGGCCACGUCGGUCUCGGUGUCAAGUGCGCGAAGGAAGUCGCAACUGCCAUCCGGGGUGCUAUCAUCCUCGCCAAGCUCUCGGUCAUUCCCGUCCGUCGGGGGUACUGGGGUGCUGCGCUCGGUGAGCCACACACUGUGCCCUCGAAGGUCAGCGGGAAGGUCGGAUCCGUCAUGUGCCGUCUCAUCCCCGCACCAAGAGGUACCGGUCUCGUCGCUGCACCUGCCUCGAAGCGUCUGCUGCAGCUCGCUGGUGUCGAGGAUUGCUACACGCAGUCGAAGGGCUCGACUGCGACGAUGGGUAACUUCUUGAAGGCUACCUUUGCUGCCAUCACAAAAACAUACGCUUUCCUCACGCCCGACCUCUGGCGCGAGAUCCCCGUCUCGAAGUACCCGUACGACGAGCACAGUGCGCAUCUCCAACUUGCAGCAGGCAAGAAGGCGUACUAG